AUGGUUGAUGGAUUGAACUUCAAGGAAUUUGUUUCUUUUCUCUCUACCUUCAGCGCAAGGGCCAGCCUUCAGCAAAAGAUUGAGUUCAUAUUUAAGGUGUAUGACAUUGAUGGCAAGGGGAAAGUAAGCUUCAAGGACCUGGUAGAGGUUUUACGGGACCUAACGGGCUCAUCCAUGUCAGAGCAACAAAGAGAGCAAGUACUAACAAAGGUGUUGGAAGAAGCUGGGUACACACGGGAUUCCACUCUAUCAUUAGAAGAUUUUGUGACGAUCAUCGACCACCCUGGCCUGAAGAUGGAAGUGGAAGUGCCCAUCGACUAG